AUGUACACUAUCGACGUUAUUCAGAUCAGAAACCGAAAUGCCGAUGCCAGUGUAAAUAUUGUCGCCGCCAAAGUCGACAUCAGGAGAUAUCUCGGGGCUGAGAUUAAUCAAGAUAUCGCUUCCAGAGUCUCUGGAUGUGGUUUCCGUUUAUUUGCGGUCGCAGACCGGGAGGCCAACACUGACACAAGAGUCGUCGCCACCAACGUCGAGGUCAGGAGAUAUGACAGGACUGAGAUUGAGGCUACUUCGGAGACACCGUGCUGGGUUCUCGCCGCCAUCUCACCGCCAUCCACCCUGGGUGGUCCAUUCAGGACUACCGGCAUCUACUCCACACACGCUUCACUUGCGAACUCAACAAGGCGAUUAAGAGAGGAAAACAUGGCUAGCCCAAGUAUUCCUCCCAGGCGCUCGUCACUGAAGCACUCGAAGCAGAACCUCAAAUAUUCCCGAUCGAAGGAGUCGGCAGCACCUCGCUCGCAGCCAUCAAUGGACGACGACAGCGAUAACUACAGUAUACUGUCCGACAUACUCUCAGUCUAUAAACCACCAUUGAGCCACCUUGCGUCGAACCCUUCACUUCCUUCUCACUCGACACGUCAGCGACACCGCCUCCCCACCCCGAUUACCGAGCAGCGACACCCUGGAAAAGAGGGAGCACGACUCAGUAAAUAUACGCGAGAAUGGCAACCGAAGCUAUCAGAAGAGGGCGAACAGCCCCAUUUACAGAGACUGCAGCCCCACGGAGAUUCUGUAGAGGCUGCAGCUGAGGCUUCCACAGCGAAUAAUGACGAUGAAGGAUUUGUGCACGGACUGUCUUUGGCGCUGUUGAUAAUGGGACUGUGUCUGGUUGUCUUUUUGAUAUCUAUCGACAAAACGAGUAUUACCACAGCUAUUCCGUUCAUCACUGCCGAGUUUCAUUCAACGUCAGACAUCGGCUGGUAUGGCUCCUCGUACCUCCUCACGGUUUGCGCGUUCCAGCCGAUAUUUGGGCGCAUCUUCACGUUGUUUAGCAUCAAGUGGUCGUACAUGCUGUCCAUGUUCAUGUUUAUGUUGGGAUCUCUGGUUUGUGGAGUCGCACCGAAUUCAGUCGCGCUGAUCAUUGGGCGGUCUAUUGCUGGCUUUGGCAGCGCUGGAAUCCUUACCGGUAGCUUUGUCAUUGUUGCCAUUGCCGUGCCCUUGAGUCUCCGGCCGAUAUAUACAGCUGUGGUGGGGCUCAUGUUUGGCGUUGGAUCGACAGUAGGCCCUCUGAUGGGUGGCGUUUUCACCGACCUUGUGACAUGGAGGUGGUGUUUCUGGUUGAACUUGCCAGCUGGUGCUAUCACCGUUGUCGUCAUGCUGCUAGUCUUCCAUCCUCCGCCACAUGCUCACCAUAAGCGAACGUUCAUUGAUCGAUUCGCUGACUUGGAUAUCAUUGGUAACAUCAUUCUGCUGGGCUCGGCUAUUAUGCUGUUCCUGGCACUAGAAAUGACUACAGUGGCGGAAGACUGGGGAAGCGCGAGGAUCAUUGGGCUUCUUUGCGGAUGCGGAGGGUCAGCGCUCCUCUUCGUCGUGUGGCAGUGGUGGAAGGCAGAUGGUGCCCUCAUUCCACCAGUGAUCGUCACGCAGCCUACUGUCGGUGCCUCGUGCUUGAUGGCCUUCUUUACGUACGGUGCGCUCUUGGUACACACAUACUUCUUACCUAUCUGGUUUCAGGCUGUCUGGGGUGAUUCAGCGAUCCAAUCUGGCGUGUUGAUGAUUCCAUACUUUGCGGCCAACGCACUGUUUUCGUUGUUUUCAGGCAUCUUCGUAUCCAAGGUCGGAUACUUCGCUCCUGUCGCCAUAGUAGGAAGCGCCAUCGGCGCGGUAGGAUGUGGCAUUCUCACGCUACUCAACCCUAAUUCUAGCACUGGCAUGUGGGUUGGGUUUGAAAUCCUUUCGUCUGCAGGCUUCGGGAUAUCCAUACAGCAGAGCUUCACUGCAGUACAAACGGUGUUGCCAAAGGAGGAUGUGGCUGUUGGCACUGCAUCUGUGGUGGCUUCACAGUCAUUGGGAGGUGCAAUCUUCAUCUCUGUCGGUAACAGUGUCUUCCAGAGCCGGUUAAGUGCUCUUGUCGGUGAAGAACCGAUUCCUGGCGUCGAUAUCCGGCAAAUUAUUGCAGCAGGUGCCACUGCGUUUCGCACACUGGUGCCCAAAGAGCAGUUGCCCGCGCUCAUACAAGAAUAUUCCAGAGCGCUGCAGACUGUCAUGACCGUGGCCGUCCCGCUCGGUGGAUUGGCCUGCAUUUCUUGUUGCUUCUUGGAAUGGAAAUCCGUCAUUGGUAAAGGAGAAGGGCAGAGAAAGAUGCGGGAAAUGGAACAAACGCCUUCAUAG